UCAGAGGUAAUUUCGCACGUCGGCGUGGUGGUUUGGCGCCAGCAAUUUCGCGGGGCAAGAAACUCACAAGAGAAGAAGGAAGCUGAACAUAUUGAACACAACAAAAGUGGAAAACAUCGUUGCAAACAUCGCAGAUUCAGAGAGCUGGCCGCUGGGUUUCAUGGUGUGUCUUGUGUUUUCUGCUUUUUGCGUUUCGUCCUGAACUACGAGCUCUGGAUACAGUGGAGGGUGAACGCAGCUCUACUUAAAUCUCACUGAGGCCUUGAGGAGGUGAGUAAUAAUGAUGGCGACAGCAGAGCCUCCAAGCAGCGCCAGCUUCCUCCCCCUGCUGGAGUCUCUGGAGGACAAAGCUGCUGGACAGUCUGAGCAGACGGACGCCUACCUCACCAUCGCAAAUCGACUCAGUGGAGACGAAGGCCGGCAGUUUCUCCCUGCAGUUGAAAAGCACUUUUCUCGUUUGGGAAAAGCCAUCCUGGCUCACAUACCCAGUCCAGAUGCAGAGCUGAGCCAAGCCGCCCUGCAAGCGUUAGGGUUUUGUUUGUACCAUUCUCACGUCGUCUCUGGAGUGCCUGAAACCUUUGCAUCAGAAAUACUUUCCGCACUUUGCUCCCUGGUGGUGAAGGCGUCCGAUAAGAACACGUGCAUCAGAGCAUUGUGGGUAAUCUCCAAACAGAACUUUCCUCCAGAUGUGGUCGGCAAGAAAGUGUCGUCUAUCCUGGGAACACUGGAGAGUGUGUUGAGCAGAGAGGACAUCCAGUCGGUGGUGAUGGAGCAUGAGGCCUUAAACGUGGUCAUCAGGAUGUUGGAGCAGGUGCCGGCCCAGAUGGGUGAUGGAGCGCUGCGGUGGGCGAAGCUCGUCAUCCCGCUGGUGGUGCACUCGGCCUCCAAAGUGCGUCUACGGGCCGCAGCAGCCUUGGAGAUGGGCAUGCCUCUUCUCCUGGAGAAACAGAUGGAGGUGGCCGGUAUCAUCGAGCCAAUGAUGUCCACAAAACUGAUCCCAGAGCUGCAGAAACUUUUCAUGUCCAAGAAUGAAACCAACGUGCUGAAGCUGUGGCCUUUGUUUGUGAAACUGCUCGGGAAGCUGCUGCACAGAGGAGGUCCGUUCAUCAACUCUCUGCUGCAUCUGGAGGAACUUGGUUUCCGUAACUCGUCUCUCUCCAUCAAGAAGAUCGCCUUCAUCGCCUGGAAGAGCCUCAUCGAUAACUUCGCCCUCAAUCCAGACAUCCUGUGCAGCGGGAAGCGUAUGAAGCUCCUCAUGCAGCCUCUCGCAUCCAUCAAUGUGAAGACGGAGGGCCUGAUGCUCACCAAGGUGGAGGUCUGGUGGUACCUGGUGGUCCAACUCGGGCCCAACCUGGCACCCAACUUCGAUCAGGUUUCUGUUCCUCUGCUCCAAUGCACCAUCGGCUCAGAGGCUCCUUCAGUCCCCGGCACUCCUUCUAGAGCCGUCAGUCAAAACGGUGCCGUUGCACCUGGAACACCCAAGACGGCCACUCCAGGCUUCAACAGCUCAGCCAAUACGUCUCGGUUGAGCCUGAACUCCAGCGUCAGCGCUCCCUCCACCUUCCCCUCCAUCCAGCUGCUCGGCCUCGAGAUGUUGCUUCACUAUUUUCUGGGACCGGAGGUCGUCGCCGCUGCUGCAAAGCACAAACUCGUCCUGAGUCUUGAGCCCUUGAACCACCCGCUCCUCUCGGGGGCGUCUUCUUUCACCAAACACUCCGCCGUGCUCACCUCCAACAUCAGAGACGGGUUCAUCAACAUCGGCAGAGACGCUCCAGACGCUCUUUUGUCCGUCAUAUGGACGAGUCUCGUCCGCUUUGUCAACUUAUCUAUAGAGUCCGCAGGCAGUAAGAAGGAGCGGCACGGAGGUGAAGUUCUGACUCUGGUGCUUCAGGCUCUGCAGAGCGUCGUCACCUCGGAGGCGGUGCCUGCAGACAAAGUCCUGAUUCUGCUGGAGGCCACAGUGAAGGGGAUUCCCUCCAGAGUUCUCGGCUCGGCCUCUUUUCAAGUGGGCAAGAUGGAUGUGCUGAAUGGAACACCGGCUCUGUUCCUCGUCCUUCUUCUGUACAACAGCAGCAUGCUGUCCGCCUACAUCGAGGACGAGAGGUUCUUUCAGUGCCUUCAAACGCUGGUGGGCUGCGGUCUGUCGGGCCCCACGUCCCCGCUGGCGUUUGGGGAGGCGGUGCUGGCCGCCAUCAGACGCAGCGGGGGGUCUGUGCAGAACAAGGAGCAGCUGUGGAGGAUGUGGAGCGUGAUGGUCAGCCCGUUGACAGACACCAUCACACAGUCGAAUGAAGUCAACCAAGGUGACGCUCUGGAGCACAACUUUAGCGCCAUGCACUCUGCCCUGUUGUUCCCCAUCACACACCUGCUACGAGGGACGCCACUGCAGCAGGCGGCCCAGAAGUCGAUGCUGUCUUCGUGGUCCAAACUGUACGAAGUGUUCGCCCGCUGCUCGGCGCUGGUGGUCACGGCGGAGGAGAACAUCUGCUGCGAGGAGCUCUGCGGGAAGAUGACGGCUGCAAUAGACAAAGAAGCUCUAAAGGUUCCUUCAACAUUAAAUGCUGUUGCCAGUAUCCUCCAAGUCAUGGUGGGGUGUUUGGACUUCUCGCCGUACACUCCUCACUUUCAGCAAAAGCUGAAGUCUCCGCACACUCCAGUGAACUGGAUGAAGAAGAGGAACAAGGUUCUGGGGAAUCUGUCCACCUUCCAGUCCCUGCUGGUCCUAUGUCUGGAGGUUUAUCUGGAGGGCUGCGACGCUUCCUCUGACGCCACAGGACUCGCUCUGGUCUCCAUCUUGUCUGCUCUCUUCACAAACCUCGCUCUCGCCAACACUGUGAAAGAAGCUCUGUCUUCUCUGAUUCUCCCGCUCUCCCUCCUCUACAAGCAAGCAGCCUGCGAGCCGUCCACGUUCUCCGCACAGCUUCUGGGAAAGUUGGAGAAGCUUGUCGGUGACGUUCUGGGCUGCCUGCAGACUCGCUCCACUCUGGCGUACAGCGACGACCUGCUGGCUCUGCUGUCUCCUCUGCUGUGUGUGUUAUUUCCUCACAAGAACAAGCAGCUCCGCACCUCAGUCGCACACUUCUGGAACUCCACCUUCGGCAACUCCGUCGGCCUCACGUACCCCGACGAGAUGAGACCGAUAUUGAGCCAAGUGAAGCAGAAGACCCCGAUCAUCCUUCCUGGCUUUGAGGUCGUCGGCGUUCCCGAUGAGCUCAGCGGACAGUGUUCAAGAGAGAGUUCCCAGUUGGAGACUAAACUCAGUGGGAUGCCGUUAUCAGUGGGGAAGAGGGACUCACUGCUGGGGAAGGACCGGCGCUCCCUGAAGACCUCCAAGCCCGUUUCUACAAAGCUGGACUUUGGCUCUCCGAAGCUUCCUCCCAGAGGAGUUCUGGAGGAAGAGUCGUCCAUCGACUUCGUCUUCAUUCCUCCUGAGACGAAGGAGCGACUUCUGACGGAGCACCAGAAGGAGGUGAAGAGGACUAAAAGGGUCGACAUCCCGGCCAUGUACAACAACCUGGAUGCGUCUCUGGAUACAACGGUUUUCUCCCAGUACACACAGAGCCAAGACGACUCUUUGGAGAAACUGGCAACUGAACAAGCUGAGAAGAUUUCCAAAGAGGCUCCUGGCAAGAUUCCUCAGGAAGAUGCAGAAAAAGAGGAAGACACUCAGGACUAUGUCAGUCCAAAAGCAGAAGAGAACAUGCCAGAACACCACGAGCCGGAAGAGAUGAUCCCUGAGUCCGCAGAUGUUUCUAUGGAGGAUGAUGCCGCAAGGGAUGACAAAGCAGUAAACUUGGAAAUGGAGUCUAAAGAAGGCACAAGUCCCAACAUCUCUGGUUCUUCAGAUUUGGUCUCUGGGACUCCCCAGAAACCCAACAGUCGCCGUCAGUCCUUUAUCACUCUGGAGAAGUAUGCUGAGGGAAAACCUGCCAGCCCCAGCAGUGCGUCCACGUUCACAGGUCCCCUCAUAAAGACCUCCGAUAGCCAAGAACGCUCUAAGACUAACAGGAAGUCGUCCUCUCGCGCCUCCCGGACGUCCACUGGUCCUAACUCUCAGGAUUUGCAGUCCUCUCAGACAGGAAAAAUGAACGAUGCUAUUGAUUCCCCUAUCAGGCCGAAAGACUCUAGGACAAUUAGUGAGCCAGUAAAGCUGAUGGAGAGACUGACCAGCGACCCGACAGAGGACGAAGACAUUAUCCCAGACACUCAGAGUGAAGUGGAGGGAAAAGAAGGUACAAAAAUGGCUUCCUCAUCAGAGGAAACAAAACCCUCAAGCCAGGAAGAGGACUCUGAACCGCUUCUGGAUGAUUCUCAAUCUUCUUCUACAGGCGAACCCAGACGGUCUGGGCGCAGCAGAGUCAGACCUCUGCUGCCUGGAGAGGACCCUGAGGAACGUGAUGAGAAGUACACGCCGUUGAAAAGGAGACGUUCUGGAGAGGAACCUAAAAGUGAUUCUUCAAAGUCGAGCUCAACACAAAGCAGACCAAACACAAGAAGUAAGCAGGCUGAGGACAGUGGCAGAUUACGAACGAGGGCUCAGAGGGACAAGAGUGAGUCGAGCCAAACCAACUCUCAGGGUAGAGCUCACAAGAAGAUCAAACUGUUCAGCAAUUCAGGGGACAUCCUUGAUAAACCUGAACCCAGAAGGAAAAGCACCAGAGAGCACGAGUCCAGCCAAACUGACUUGCGAUCUGAUUCCGAAAGCCAGUCACAGGGUCGGCAAAGACAGUGGAGCAAAGCAUCAUUGGAGACCGAGGAGGGUGGAAUAAAGAAAAAUGUUUUUCCUGACAAAGAGUCCACUCAAACUGUCACACAUGAACUUGUAGAACAUGUCGAAAAGGUUGUUGAUGAGCCAAAGAAAGACUCUCUAAUGAUCACUUCUUCCUCUCAAACUGGUAGCAAAUCCCAAGAGUUUGAGAUCUUAAAACAGACUGAAAAAGAUGGUGAUAAGCUAGAGAAAGAUUCUCAAAUUGUCACUUCUCAAACUGGUGGCCCAUCCCAAAAGUCUGAGCUUAUAGAAAAGACCGAGGAGAUAAAGAAAGAUUCUCAGAUAGUCGCUUCUCCUCCAACUACUGACAAGUCCCAAGAUGGAACAAGCACAACAAACAAGUUGAAUGAAUCUGAGGUCAAAGAUAAACUCAAGACAAAUGGAGGCACAGAUGAUGAACUUAGUCAAGAGGACUCUCAGGUGAUCUCAUCCUCAUCUACUGAUAGCCAGUCUCUGCGCAGAUCCAGAAGAAGCAAGUCAUCAUCUGAGGCAACAGAUUCUGAAAAUAAAAGUGACAAUAAGGAUUCAUCGGAAAGCCAGCGUAGGUCCAAUUCUCAGGCAGCCGUCAGUCAGCCAGAGGCCGGAAUUGGAGGUAGGACCAGAAGGAGCAAAGUACUAGAGGAGCAGUCAAAGUUGGGUCCGAGCUCAACCCCAGAGAGUUCUCAGUCAUUAGAUACUUCAGGAUCAACAGAGUCCUCCAAAGGCAGGGGCAGAUACGCAAGACGAAGAUCUUCUCAAACGUUGCCAGGAGCCAGUAUUGAGUCCUUAGAGUCCGAAUCUGUGGAGGCCAAAGAAAGUCCCCCAAUGGUCAAAAAGAGAGGAAGGAAACCUCGAGCGUCUCUUCCAAGUCCUCUCACUGUUGACUCUAAAGAAGGCAAAACUAAUAACGAUAUAGUAAAGGAUGAUUCUCAAAAGGCAGAUUCACAAAGCAUAGAAGAUCAAACGGAUUUAGUGGAUUCACAGAUAUCCCAAGAUUUGCAGGAUUCUGAAACACUCCAGGUUACACAUAACACGGACGAGCAAAGUAACACAGAAUCACCAAUGGAGGUUGAAACUGUUGUAGAGAGAACGGACGACACAAAGGAGAGCGACUCACUCGGUGUGUCACCUCGCGAGGAGCAAACGCUAAAUACUGAGAAUACCUCUUCACAGGAAGGUGACGCUGGGGACUUAACAUCUGCUGAAUUGCCUGAAUCAGUUGUGAUCAGUACUGAACAGACUCGGGAGGACUCGCCCUGUGACCUGUCAUCUGUUGAGGAUACACUGGCGCCCCCGGAGGAUUCAACAGAAAAACUGCAGGUCUCCGAGUCUUCAGAGGUCAAAGUUGAAGAAGCGUCUGAGUCUGGUGACGAUGUUACAGAAAACCAAGAAGGUGUUUCAGAUUCAAACCACCGAGAACAUCCGGUUGUUCCAGUGGAGGACACGGCUGAAGACACGGCUGAAGACACGGCUGAAGACACGGCUGAAGACACGGCUGAAGACAGUCGCAGUACCUACUUCGGACAAAACCCGGACUGUUCAAAUGUCGUAGAUGAUUUGUCAGAGGAGGAGGAACAGUCCGCCUCCAACAAAGAAGGCGAAUCAACGAACCAGCACACAGAGGCCAGUGCAGAAGAUGACAUCCAACCUCUACAGGAGGGCGAUAAAGACGACACAACCCAGAUUGUGGAGCGUCAGGACGAAGAGGAAACUCAGGCCGACAACGAUGUAGUUGUGAACUUGGAUGCAGCUCUGGCUGAUGUUUCUCCGGCGAAGCAAAAAGACCUGGAGGCUCUAAUGGGGGAAGAUGUCGGCCAAAGCCCCAGCAGUGGCAAGACCAAAGGAACCUGGUCUCCUUCAGCCUCCCCAUCCACCAGUAUUCUUAAGAAGGGCAUGAAGAGACCGCUGGAGGACGAGACUCCCUCACCGCUCGUCAAAUCGAGGCGCGUGUCUUUUGCUAAUCCAAUCCAACAUCAGGAGUUGGCAGACGACAUCGAUCGUCGCAGCCCUGCCAUCAGAACCAGCUCCCCCAAAAGAUCCAAAGCGAGCUGUAUCCCACAGCCGAAGUACGUCACUACUCCAACAAAGGGCCUGCUGAUCCUGAGCCCCAGAAACCUGCACAGCCCAGGAUACAAGAGCUCCAAGAAAUGCCUGAUUUCUGAAAUGAGUAAAGAGCCGCGGCCGGUCUCCAAAGACUGCAUCUACCCCACCCUGGUCGGCUGCUCCACUCCUGUAGAAGCAGUGCUGCCGCAGAUAUCCUCCAACAUGUGGUCUCGUGGUUUUGGGCAGCUUGUUCGAGCCAGAAACAUCAAAACUGUCGGAGACCUCAGCGCUCUUACUCCUAAUGAAAUCAAGACAUUGCCAAUUCGCUCCCCGAAGAUCUCCAAUGUCAAAAAGGCACUAAAAAGCUAUGAACAGCAGCGUAAAGGACGCGGUGGCGAUGAGUUGAAGAGUCUCGAUGAAAUGGAGAUGAUGACCUCUGAACUGGAGGAGGAUAAGACCUCAGGAGAGACUCUAGCAACAGCUCUGAUGGACGAGCCGCUUCCCGCAGAUGGGAGGUCGGAGCAAGACGGGAGCCAAACCGCCGACACGCCGUCCGGAGAACAGAGACCCGAAGGUCGACUGCCGUCGGAGCUGGAGACCCUGACCUGCAGGAUGACGCCGCGAGAACUCAGUUACUGCUCCCCGCAGCAGCUCGUUCACAUGCACGAUCAGUUGGGAGGCAUGAUGAGGCAUGUGGUGGUCGAGCUGCAGGCGCGCCUCUGUGAGACGGAUGGCAAACCCUGAAGAGACGUAAUCCUGCUGCAUCAAACGGACAUGCAGACGGAUCUAUUCAGGAGGAAUCUGCAACAACGGAAAACUUUGUUCUUCUAUCCUCGACGUGUUAAAUCAAGAGAUUUUACAAAGAAAUAUUUUAUGAUUUUAACUCAGAAUGCCUCGUCUCACUUUGUGAUUGUUUUUCUUUGCUUAAAGUGUUUUUAAAUGAUGCUAGCGGCACUUUUCUCCAUUUUGUAGGUUAAAAUGUUGGAUAGUUUAUACGAUUUUAAGAAACACUCAAAGGGAAGCACAGCUACACUUUUUAAGCUUUAUUCUUUUUAAUAGUCUCGACAUGAAUGUUUUUCUUUCCAUCCCAUGAACUUUAAAGGACUGAUGUGUGACUGCAAAUGUGUGUAGAAGAAAAAUAUUAUUCCAAUUUUGUACAUACGCUUCCUCAUUUAAAUCCUCCAUGUGCCUGUUUUUAGGCUGUUUACAACUCGACUCCUCAGUGCUCUUGUAUAUUUUGUACAAUUUCUCGGUUUGUUUUUCUGUCAUUUCAGUUUAAAACGUCUUAUUGCAUUUUUAAAGUCUUGAAACAUCGUGUAGAUGAUCGUGAAGUCUGCACUUCUGUCUUUUUAUUGAAGCAUUUAAAACCCACAAAUAAAAACUGAACUUGUAAUGAUUCAUUUGUUUUAAGUUCAAUUACAUUCGAAA